CCCGGCUGACAACUUCUCCUCGCCGGAGCCCUCCCGCUCCGUCCUCCUGCUGCCCACCCCGCCGGGACGCCGCCCCUCAGCGCCCCGGCGCCGCGGACACCGGGGGCCCGUCCGGCCGCUCGCCAUGGCCCGGGGCGGUGGGCGGCCGCGGGGGUCGUGGCGGGGCCCCUGCCUCGGCCGCCGGCGUCCGGAGCCCCGCGUCCCCGGCCGAGACGCCGCGAGCGGCGGGCGCCGGGCUUGGGCAAAGUUGAGCGGGGGCCGCGGCCGCUGGGCGCUGCUGGCGCUGCUCCAGCUGCACUGGCUGCGGGCGCUGGCGCAAGAUGAUGUUCCGCCAUACUUCAAGACCGAGCCAGGCCUGCCCCAGGUUCACCUGGAAGGGAACCGCCUUGUGCUCACCUGCCUUGCUGAGGGGAGCUGGCCUUUGGAGUUCAAGUGGAUGCGCAACGACAGUGAGCUCACCGCCUACAGCAACGAAUACAAGUACGUGAUUCCUUCGUUGCAGCAGCUCGAUGCCGGGUUCUACCGCUGCGUGGUGCGGAACAGAAUGGGAGCGCUCCUGCAGAAGAAGUCAGAAGUUCGAGUGGCAUAUAUGGGAGAGUUCACAGCUACAGAGCAGAAGAAGACGGUUUCGGAAGGCCACGCGGCAGUGCUGACCUUGACGCCCAUCAGCAGCCACCCCAGGCCUCAAGUGACUUGGUUCAGAGAAGGCCACAAGAUUAUCCCAAGCCACAGAAUAGCCAUCACGCUGGACAAUCAGCUGGUGAUCCUUGCGACCACAGCCAGCGACGCCGGAGCCUACUACGUGCAGGCGGUCAACGAGCGCAACGGGGAAAACAAGACGAGCCCCUUGGUGCACCUGGACGUGGCAAAAGGCAGUGGCGUUGCCGAGACCAUGGCUCCCGUCAUCGUGGUGGCCCCGGGGAACAGCAGCGUGGUGGCGGGAUCCAGCGAGGUCACCUUGGAAUGCGUAGCCAGCGCCAGGCCCGUGGAGGAACUGAGUGUGAGUUGGAAGAGAAACGGAGUGAGGGUCACCAGCGGUCUGCACAGCUUCGGGCGGCGCCUCACCAUCAGCAGCCCCACGUCGGCGGACACGGGCGCGUACGUGUGCGAGGCCACGCUGCGAGGGGGCGCCUUGGAGCCGGCUCGGGCAAAGGCCUUCCUCUCCAUCAUAGAGCCACCGUAUUUCACCACUGAGCCGGAAAGUCGGAUUUUGGCUGAAGUGGAAGAGACUGUGGACAUUGUGUGUCGAGCCAUGGGGGUCCCUCUUCCGGCCCUGCAGUGGUACAAGGACGCCAUCUCCAUCAACAAGCUCCAAAACCCUCGCUACAAAGUGCUCGCCAGCGGAAGCCUGCGCAUCCAGAAGCUGCGUCCAGAGGAUUCUGGAAUGUUCCAGUGCUUCGCCAGCAACGAGGGAGGGGAGAUCCAGACCCACACCUACCUGGCCGUCACCAAUGUGGCCCCCGCCUUCGUCCAGCGUCCAGUGGACACCACGGUCACCGACGGGAUGACAGCCGUUCUGCAGUGUGAGGUGUCUGGGGCUCCCAAACCCGCUGUCACGUGGAAGAGAGGAAACCGCGUUUUGGCCAGCGGCUCUGUGCGAAUCCCCAGGUUCAUGCUGCUUGAAUCUGGGGGCCUGCAGAUAAGUCCCGUCUUCAUCCAUGAUGCUGGCAAUUACACCUGCCACGCCGCCAACACAGAGGGCUCCCUGGACGCACGUGCGGCGCUCACCGUGUGGAAUCGGACGGCCAUCGUCCACCCUCCCGAGGACCGCGUGGUGAUUAAGGGGACCACGGCCACGCUGCGCUGCGGAGCCACACACGACCCCCGCGUUUCUCUCCGCUACGUGUGGAAGAAAGACAGCGUGCGCCUCACCCCAUCCAGCAACUCUAGAAUUGUGCUGGAGAGGGACGGGUCCCUCCUCAUCAGCCAGACGUGGUCCGGCGACAUUGGAGACUACACCUGUGACGUCGUGUCGGAAGGAGGGAACGACUCCAGGGAGGCACGGCUGGAAGUGAUUGAGCUGCCUCACUCACCCCAGAACCUUCUGGCGAGCCUCAACUCCUCGCGCAGCCAUGCCGUGACGCUGUCCUGGGUUCGGCCUUUUGAUGGAAACAGCCCUGUCCUGUGCUACAUCGUGGAACUGUCAGAAAACAACUCCCCGUGGAAAGUGCACCUGUCGAACGUCGGCCCCGAGAUGACCAGCGUCACUGUGAGCGGCCUGACCCCGGCCCGCACCUAUCAGUUCAGGGUGUGUGCGGUGAAUCAAGUGGGCAAAGGCCAGUACAGCGCAGAGACAAGCAGGUUGAUGUUGCCUGAGGAACCACCCAGUGCUCCCCCGAAGAACAUCGUGGCCAGUGGGCGCACCAACCAGUCCAUCAUGGUCCAGUGGCAGCCGCCCCCGGAAACAGAGCACAACGGGGUGCUGCGUGGGUACAUCCUCAGGUACCGCCUGGCUGGCCUGCCUGGGGAGUACCAGCAGAGGAACAUUACCAGCCCCGAGGUCAACUACUGCCUGCUCCGGGACCUCAUCAUCUGGACCCAGUACGAGAUCCAGGUGGCCGCCUACAACGGCGCCGGGCUGGGCGUCUUCAGCAGGGCGGUGACCGAGUACACCUUGCAAGGAGUGCCUACCGCGCCCCCGCAGAACGUGCACGCGGAAGCGGUGAACUCCACCACCAUCCGGGUCCUGUGGAACCCGCCGCCGCAGCAGUUUAUCAACGGCAUCAACCAGGGAUACAAGCUUCUAGCCUGGCCACCCGAUGUCCCUGAGGCCGUCACCGUGGUCACCAUCGCCCCGGAUUUCCACGGAGUCCACCACGGCUACAUCACCCACCUGAAGAAGUUCGCUGUCUACCUCACCUCAGCCCUGUGCUUCACGACGCCGGGCGACGGGCCACCCAGCACGCCGCAGCUUGUGCGCACGCACGAAGACAAACCGGGGGCUGUGGGACAUCUCAGCUUCACAGAGAUCCUGGACACGUCCCUCAAGGUCAGCUGGCAGGAGCCCCUGGAGAAAAAUGGCAUCAUUACAGGCUACCAGGUUUCCUGGGAGGUGUACGGGAAGAACGCCUCGCGCCUCACGCAGACUCUGAACAGCAGCACACAUGAAUACAAGAUCCAAGGACUGUCAUCCCUCACCACCUACACCAUCGACGUGGCGGCACUCACCUCCGUGGGCGCCGGCCUGGCCACCUCGUCCACCAUUUCUUCUGGAGUGCCCCCAGACCUCCCGGGGCCGCCCUCCAACCUGGUCAUCUCCAACAUCAGCCCCCGCUCGGCUACGCUCCAGUUCCGGCCUGGCUAUGACGGCAAGACCGCCAUCUGCAGGUGGAUUGUGGAGGGGCAAGUUGGAGCCAUCGGCGAUGAGGAGGAAUGGGUCAGCCUCUACGAGGAGGAGAAUGAGCCUGACGCCCAGGUGCUGGAGAUCCCGAACCUCACACCGUAUACUCACUACAGGUUCCGAAUGAGGCAGGUGAACAUCGUUGGUUCGAGCCCCUUCAGCCAGUCUUCCCGGGUCAUCCAGACCCUGCAGGCCCCUCCAGACGUGGCUCCGAGCAGCAUCACGGUCCGAACUGCCAGUGAGACCAGCCUGCGACUCCGCUGGGUGCCCCUGCCCGACUCCCAGUACAACGGGAACCCUGAGUCCGUGGGCUACAGGGUCAGGUACUGGCGCCCAGACUCCCCGUCGUCCGCGCUGUCCCAAGUCGUGAGUGACCGGCUGGAGAGGGAGCUGACCAUUGAGGCUCUGGAGGAGUGGACGGAGUACGAGCUGCAGAUGCAGGCGUUCAAUGCCAUCGGGGCUGGGCCCUGGAGCGAGGUGGUCCGGGGCCGCACGCGCGAGUCAGUUCCUUCUGCCGCUCCGGAAAACGUGUCUGCCGAGGCCAUCAGCUCCACCCAGAUCCUGCUGACCUGGGCCUCUGUGCCCGAACAGGACCAGAAUGGGCUCAUCCUGGGCUACAAGAUUCUGUUCCGAGCCAAGGAUUUGGACCCUGAGCCGCACAGCCAGGUGGUGCGAGGGAACCACACACAGUCGGCACUGCUGGCCGGACUGCGCAAGUUCGUGUUGUACGAGCUGCAGGUGCUGGCAUUCACACGUAUCGGCAACGGGGUGCCCAGCUCACCCCUCAUCCUAGAGCGUACCAAAGAUGACGCCCCAGGCCCCCCUGUGAGACUGGUGUUCCCCGAGGUGAGGCUCACCUCCGUGCGCAUCGUGUGGCAGCCCCCGGAAGAGCCCAACGGCAUCAUCUUGGGCUACCAGAUCGCCUACCGCCUGGCCAGCAGCAGCCCGCACACCUUCACCACGGUUGAGGUCGGCGCCACGGUGCGGCAGUUCACGGCCACAGAGCUGGCCCCCGAGUCCGCCUACAUCUUCAGGCUGUCUGCCAAGACAAGGCAGGGCUGGGGAGAGCCACUGGAGGCCACGGUCAUCACCACUGAGAAGAGAGAGCGGCCUGCACCACCCAGGGAGCUCCUGGUGCCCCAGGCAGAAGUGACCGCCCGCAGCCUCCGGCUCCAAUGGGUCCCGGGCAGCGAUGGGGCCUCCCCCAUCCGGUACUUCACGGUGCAGGUGCGAGAGCUUCCCCGGGGAGAGUGGCAGACCUACUCCUCGUCCAUCAGCCACGAAGCCACGGCCUGCGCAGUUGAGAGGCUGAGGCCUUUCACCUCCUACAAGCUGCGCCUGAAAGCCACCAACGACAUCGGGGACAGUGACUUCAGUGUGGAGACAGAGGCAGUGACCACGCUGCAGGAUGUCCCCGGAGAGCCUCCAGGGUCCGUCUCUGCAACGCCGCACACCACCUCCUCGGUUCUGAUCCAGUGGCAGCCUCCACGGGAUGAGACCCUGAACGGCCUCCUCCAGGGCUACCGGAUCUACUACCGGGAGCUGGAAUUCGAGGCGGGCUCAGGCCUGGAGGCCAAGACGCUUAAGAGCCCCUCAGCUUUGCGAGCCGAGCUCACAGCCCAAAGCAGCUUCAAGACCGUGAACAGCAGCUCCACGCUAACCACGUAUGAAUUAACACAUCUAAAGAAGUACAGGCGCUAUGAAGUGGUCAUGACUGCCUAUAACAUCAUCGGCGAGAGCCCAGCCAGCGCGCCCGUGGAGGUCUUUGUCGGCGAAGCAGCCCCAGCGAUGGCCCCGCAGAACGUCCGGGUGACCCCGCUCACGGCCAGCCAGCUGGAGGUCACGUGGGACCCUCCGCCCCCGGAGAGCCAGAACGGGAACAUACAAGGCUACAAGAUCUACUACUGGGAGGCCGACAGCCAGAACGAGACAGAGAAGAUGAAAGUCCUCUUCCUGCCCGAGCCUGCCGUGAAGCUCAAGGACCUGAGCAGCUACACCAAGUACCUGCUCAGCAUCUCGGCCUUCAACGCUGCGGGCGACGGGCCCAGGAGUGAGCCCCAGCCAGGCCGCACCCACCAGGCCGCUCCUGGAGCCCCCAGCUUCCUGGCCUUCUCAGAAAUCACCUCCACCACGCUAAACGUGUCCUGGGGGGAGCCCGUGGCCGCCAACGGCAUCCUGCAGGGCUACCGUGUGGUGUACGAACCCUUGGCGCCGGUCCAAGGGGUGAGCAAGGUGGUCACAGUGGACGUGAAGGGGCACUGGCAGCGCUGGCUCAAAGUGCGGGACCUCACCAAAGGAGUCACCUACUUCUUCCGCGUCCAAGCCCGGACCAUCACCUACGGCCCGGAGCUGCAGGCCAACGUCACGGCGGGGCCAGCUGAGGGGUCCCCAGGUUCCCCGAAAGAUAUCGUGGUCACCAAAUCUGCCUCUGAACUGACGCUGCAGUGGACCGAGGGGAAGGCUGGCCACACACCCACCGCGGGCUACGUCAUAGAGGCCAGGCCCUCAGACGAAGGCCUGUGGGACAUGUUUGCCAAGGACAUCCCCCGCAGUGCCACGUCCUACACCGUGAGCCUGGGCCAGCUGCGGCAGGGCGUGACCUACGAGUUCCGCGUGGUGGCUGUGAACGAGGCUGGCUACGGGGAGCCUAGCAGCCCCUCCGCCGCAGUGUCAGCUCAAGCGGAGGCAGCGUUCUACGAGCAGUGGUGGUUCCUCCUGGUGGUGGCGCUGUCCAGCCUGAUCAUCGUCCUGCUGGUGGCGUUCGCCCUGAUCUUGCACGGACAGACUAAGAAGUACAAGAACUGCAGCACAGGUAAGAGCAUCUCCAACAUGGAGGAGACUGUGACCUUGGACAACGGGGGCUUCGCCGCCCUGGAGCUCAGCAGCCGCCACCUCAACGUGAAGAGCACCUUCUCCAAGAAGAAUGGGACCAGGUCCCCUCCCCGGCCCAGCCCCGGCGGGCUGCAGUACUCCGACGAGGAUAUUUGCAGCAAGUACAACGGCGCCGUCCUCAGCGACAGCAGGACCCUCAAGGACAAGUCGGUGGACGCCUCCGACUCCGAGGUGUCCGACUCGGACUACGAGGACGCACCCCCCAAACACUCCUUCGUCAACCACUACAUGAGCGACCCCACCUACUACAAUUCCUGGAAGCGUCGUCCACCGGCCUGCGGGCCCACCCCGCACAGGUACGAGGCCGUGGCAGGCGCUGAGGCCAGCCCGCGCCUGCACCCAGUGGUCACCACGCAGAGCUACGCACCUGCGCCCGGCGCCCGGACUCCGCUCACCGGCUUCUCCUCCUUCGUGUGAGCGCCGCGCCUGGCUGCCACGGAGUCAUGUUGAGACAAUCCACUCCGCUAACAGCUCAAGUUUUUGUUUUCUGAUAAGUGAUGAUUUUACUGACUCACGAACACUAGAUUUCAAUUAGGAAGGUUUUUUUAACGGCUUUUUGUAACAUGGCUGCAGGAAGCAGGAGUCUUUGUUUUUCUUUUCUUUUUAAGAGAAGGUCUAUUUCCCUGGUGCCGAGGCUGGGGCAGCCACCGCAGGGACCCCGUCCCGGGAAGGCGAGCAGGGGCAGGCGCAGGCACCGGCGGCCUCCCUCCGUUCUACCUCCUCUUCCGAGAACCAGCGGCUCACCCCUCUCCAGCUCCGUCCACACCUGGAGCUCCCCGCCCUUCGCCCUCACACCAUCU